UCGGUUAUCGCUUGGGUGUAAUGCUUCCGGAGUUCUCUCGAUUUCGAUAGGAACGGAUAGUGCGUAUCGAAUGAUUCCAACGAGCGUGAAUAUUGAAGUGAACAUACAGUGGAAAUUCGAGAUAUGUUAUCUGUGAUUGCUCGGAAAUAAUGGAUGAAGUAUUUGUUAUUGUGUAGAUGAUUUCAUUUAUUUUUCAAAUAAAGCUGUUCAAGUGAAUUCGGUGUAGUGCUAGUAAACAGUUGUUCCAACUGAAGAGAAUAGCUUCAAUCGGAUACUAUGGUUAUGAUGCAAUCUCCAAAAUCUGAUUCAGGACAGGCGGAAAGCCCGUCUCAUUCACAACCCAACUCUCCCCCAUCGCCAGCCGAGUCGAAUCAAAUGAGCCUCGAUAAACUAUCCACGACAUUACUGAAAAGUGCCCCUUUACAAACACCCGUCGCUAGUCAGUUGGAGCACCCGUCGGUCCGGUCGCCUCCACUUCUGCCGAAGUCCGACGGUCUGUUGAUUCGAUUUCAAGAGCAUCCAAUGCCCGACGGAAAGCAUAAUCUUGAGUUGAGAGGGAAACUGCCCACCUUCUCCAAAGAAAACAUUACCCUGCGUCAAGUUAAUGGUGACCAUAUUAUCUACGCGAAAAGUGAACGUGAAUUGUUAGAACCAAGUGCAAAAUUUUCCAUUGAACGCCUCAAGCAAUUAGCCGAUCACAACAUCAACGCCCGUCUCAGUCCAUCCGAUUUAGACAAGACUCCAUCCGGAAAAUACUCGAUCGACCACAGUGUGAAAUAUACCAUUCCCAACGAACCCAGUUUACCGCAACCCCACUCGCAGCACUUUUCGCCGUCCCAUCCUGUGCCACUGAUGCCGACACCGGCGGGACUUCCCGCCUUGCAAAACUUGGGACAACAUGCAGCCCUUUCGGCAGCUACCGGCGGUCAGCUCCCAACCUCGACACAUCAUCCUCACCUACCGCAUCAUCCCCAGCUGCAGCAUCCGUUCGCUAUCAAGUAUCCGGCGGGCAGUGCGUCACCGCCCGAUUUGGAGAUCGAACGGUUCAAGAUUGCUCGAUCGAUCAGCAACGGGAAGGAGCUUUCCGACUUUGGCUUCAGGAUACAACUCGGUGGCCUGUCGGCCAACUAUGCCCACAGUGAUACGAGCGAGGAGCUCAUAGUAGACGGGAAUGAGGAUAGUUCGCAGGAUGCCGCAUCAGGAUGUCCUGUUGAUCUAACCCGUUCCAUGGACAGUAGCAGUGCCAAAUCCAUUACCAGUAGUGAAAAAGAAACCACCCCGAAGCGGUUAGCAUUUUCAGUGGAGAACAUUCUCGACCCUAACAAGUUCAACGGAAAACAUAAUCAAAACAACAAUAAUAGCAGUAUUAACAAUAACAACACCUGUAGUCAGAACAGCAAUUCCAACAAUCACAGUGUAAAUAGUAGUAACAAAUUUUGGAGUGGCUUCGAUAGGGAUGACAAGCUGGACGACGACCAAAGUGAUUCGCGAUCAGCGAAAGACAUGAACGAGCUCGACCAGGAGGAUAUGGGCGAUGACACGAUGGGCAGCGACAUCGAUGACCACGCCAGCGAAACCGAUUCGAAGAAGGAUGGCGCCAGCAGUCGGUCCGGCGAUGGGAAGUCCCAGGGGAACAGUUCCAAACCCAGGAGGGCACGCACUGCAUUUACGUACGAGCAACUGGUUUCGCUUGAAAACAAAUUCAAGACUACCCGAUAUCUAUCGGUUUGCGAGAGACUGAAUCUAGCAUUAAGUUUGAGCCUUACUGAAACACAGGUGAAAAUCUGGUUUCAAAAUCGCCGCACCAAAUGGAAAAAGCAAAACCCCGGAAUGGAUGUGAACAGCCCGACGGUGCCUCCCCCGAACGGCGGAUCGUUCGGCCCAGGGUCGUACGCCAGUAGCCUUCUCUAUCCACAUGCCGUGCCAUAUCCGCCAUACGGACCGUACUUCCAUCCGCUCGGUGGCCACCACCUGGGUCAUUCCCAUUCGUAAACCGAGGCGAUCAUCUGUUGCAAUUAUUAUGAUUCUUUGUUUCACCGUUCUAGGCCGAAGAUUUAAUCUCGUUCAAAUGAAAUUGAAAGCAGAAAAGUGGUCGGGUUGUGCAAAAUGUAAAAAAAAUCUAGAGAAAGGGACUGUUAUUUCCCCUAUUCAAAAUCAAAAAAUCAACCUAAAUCUAUUAUCAAGUGCUUCGAUGCAAUGUACAGAGAACCGUAGCUGCUAAAAUAGGUUUAUCGCUAGGAAGAAUAACUUUUAGUCAAUUCAAUAAGGUCUUGUAAAAAUUGUACAUAGCGGAAGUCGAUAUCAGAAAAGAUAAUUUUCUCCAAUAUUUCGGAAAUAAAUAAUUGAAAACACUUAAA